AUGAAAACUGCUGGUUAUAUCUUGGCCAUGAUUAUAUUGCACCAUAACACACAACAAAGUGCUAUAUAUAAAAAGAAGAAGUGUCAGCAGAAAGAGGAUUCACUUCACUCUGAAGAGCUGUUACAGUUACAAUUCAUACCACCUGUGACCAAAGUGCUCAACAAGAUCCAGGGGAAGGAACAAGCCUACCUUGGGACUCUACUGCCAACAGUUGUUACAACAAUCUUUAGACUCAAGGGCUUGAAGUCCAAGGGCCUCAUCUACUACAGCCCCUUGGUUGACGCACUUUUGGCAGGCAGUGACAAAAGUUUUAGGACCCUCCUGGAGGAUGAGGACUGCCAGCUGGCUGCUGCCUUCCACCCCAGGUUUCGCCUCAUCUGGUUGGCUAAGUAUGACAACACCAAAGUCGCCAAAGUGAAGAAAAGCAUGGAAGGUAAGGUCAAAGAGGUCAUGAGGCAGCAGCCUGACAAAGUGAGCAACAACAGUGGAGGCAGUAGCAAUGAAAAGCAGGUGGAUGACUUCCUCAGUAGUGUCACCCAGCCAAAAGAGAGUAGCAGGAUCCACAGGUCACUCAAGGACAAAGCCCAGAAUUUAGUCAAGACCUGGUUGGAGACCAGCUCCAAGGAAUUGCUGACAGAUGCUGCCUUCUUGGGUGAGCAAGUGUUGAUGGACUUAUUCAUCAAGUUCAACACAGUGCUGCAGUGGAGUGUUUGUUCUCUAUGGGCAAGGACAUCUUAAGGGCCAAAAGCUCAUUCAUGCCUGAUGAAAACUUUGACGUGCUAAUUUUCAUGAAGGGCAACAUGCAUCUCAUGAACAAAAUGGAGAAUGAGAAGAAGAGGAAAAACUAAAUUAUGUAUGUAUCAUGUUUUUCAUUUUUUCAUUUUUAUUUUUUGAAGGCCCCUUUAUCAAUAAACUUUUUUUAGUUUAAUACUAA